AUGGCGUCCCCUACUCUCACCACCCCGGCAGAGAUUUGGCGUAUGGUGUUUGCAUUCCUAUCGUCCAGCGACCUCUGGGCGACCCCCCCGAUUGCCCAGUUUCUGCAACGGAUUAUGCAGAAGCCCGAGGUCACCAAUUUCGUUCACCAGCUGAUCCUCGGUGGAGACACUUUCGACGAUUACGAAUGGCAUAACUCUAAAUAUCAGAGUCCAAAACUCCAAAUCUGCGAAGAUGUCACGAAUCAGCUAGUGGAAUACAUCGAAAGCAUCCAUGUUCCCUAUACCGAAGAAUGGAUCCAAGAGCUGCGUGCCGGGUCAAUGGACGCAUUUGCAACGCUUUUAAUAUCACAACUUCCCAACCUGAAAUGUCUCCACCUAGGCAACAAUUUCACCCGAGAGAGUUGCUUGAUGAGCAUGAUGUUCCGCUCGGCUCUCUGCAAGGAGUCCGAGUCCCGGGAUAGCCAUAUUUCAUCUGGCACCGGCCUCAAUGGAAAUUGUUGGGGUGAUCAGACUCGUGGCUGCCAGGUCUUUAUUCAGGGUGAGGAUAUCAACAUCGUCAUGGAUGUGGAAAGCCCCAGACCCCAGGAGCAGACUCCUACCAAGUCGCCCUAUGAGAAUGUCCGCACGAACGGUCGAGCCUUCAACUCUGUCAACUGGCGCACAAAGGUCGAAAGCCCAUCAGCGUCACCCUCGCGUCCCAGCAAUGCCAGCCCCAGCACCACCAACACCUCUCGCGCAGCAUUCAGCCGGCCCGGAUCCCAUGUCCCGCAAGCGAUCUCAGAUGGCCGACGCCUAUAUGUAGGCAACAUGCCUUACACGGCCAAGACGGAGGAUGUGGAGGCGCUGUUCAUUGCGGCCGAGUUCCCUAUCGAGCGCAUCGAUAUUGCCAUUGACCCUUUCACCGGCCGAAACCCCUCCUACUGCUUCGUCGAUUUGCAAAACAAGGAACAUGCCGAGCGCGCCAUGACCGAGUUGGAUGGCCGGGAUAUGUUGGGCCGUCCUGUCAAGAUCAAGCCUGGUGUUGCCAAGUCGGCAGAGCGGAUCGCCAAUCCUCCUUCGCCCUUUAGAACUGAUCGCUGGCGCCAGCAGGAUAACCCCAGUUUUGCCAAGGUUAACAGUGACUCUAGCCGUCGAGUCUAUGUUGGUGGCCUGCCUCGGUUGACCGACCAUGAGACUGUGCAGAGCAACGUUAAGGCGUUUUUCAACGGGUUCUCUGUUGAGAAUGUCAGCAAGGUCUUCACCCCUCACCCCGCAAAGCGAUUCGAGCCCGGCGAGCACUACUAUCUGUUUGUCGACGUGGGCAGCUCCGAGGAAGCUCAGAGGGCUAUGGACGAACUGAAUGGCCGACCAGGACCGUGGGGCGGUCCUCUGCGAGUGCAAUUUGCCCGCGGACCUAAAACAACUGAAUAA